AUGGCUGCUGGUCCUUCUGGGAGUAAUUUAAGUCUGAAAAAUGAGGAAGAGGAGGAAGAAAACCCUAUACUUAAAAGACUGAAUAGUGUAAGAGAAAAGGGAAUACUGAGUUUAGUAGCACCCACAGAAGAUGAAUCUUCCAAACACACCUUGACAUUUAAGCAUUCCACCAAAGCACAGGAGAAGACGAGAAAACGACAACAGGCUGUGAGACUGGAACCUUUGCCAGCUCUCAAAGUCUACCAGGACCACAAGAAACCUGAGUAUAUAUAUAGCGAGAACCGACGUCGAUUAAUUGCUGAUGGAAUCUUAGCUCCAGAAACCACCGAGGAUAACCAGACUGCCAAAUCAGUUGUUCAAUUUCUUCAGCAAAGUACUGUAAAAAAAAAGAAACAGUCCCAUAGAACCUCUUUCGAAGUUUUUGCCCCCACUCCUCCUAAAGUGUCACGUACCAGUAUUGGAAGAAGAGGUCUCUUUGCGACUCCUUCCUCAUCUUAUCCUACACACUAUUACAAUGACCAGGAAGAAGUAGUUAAAGCCAACAUUCAGAAUCCUUUACAAAUUAUAAAAAUAAUCCGUGAAAAUGAACAUCUUGGAUUUCUUUAUAUGAUCCCUGCUGUGCCAAAGUCUUCCAUUGAAUAUGAUCCAUAUAACCUCAAAGUUGUGACCUACGAUAACAUCAACAAAAAUGACUACUACACUAUUAGCAAACAAGCAGUAACACAUGUUUUAAGUUAUGACAUUGAAUAUAAUGAGCUUGAACGAUGGGAACAGGAAUACCUCUAUCAUAGGGAGCUUAUUAAGAUUCCAAUAUUUUCACUUUUCCGAAAAUGGAAAGCUUUUACCGUAUGGAAGAAGAAUGUCCGCUCCAAGAAAAUCAAUGGAUGCCAAAAAACUCUACAAAAAUAUUUGUUCAUAGUUAAUCAAAAUUUACAACCUGCUCUUCUUAAAAUAAAGGAAAUGUGCUAUCAAUUAAGUUUUAUGGCACUUUGCAGUAUUGAAAGAGGUCAUACUUACACCCUGCAAGAAUUUAGGAAGGCCCAAGUUAAACGUCUAGGAGAGGUGACAGAAAACCUGGCAGAAUUUCGAAAUGAAGCUAAACAAGUAGUCAGGAGAGCAUGUCGAAUUGCUCUGCGUGCUGAAGGGUUUGUUCCUGAUGACUGUAUAACUGAAGGUAUGAAUUGUUGUUGUGUCUUCUUCCCGUUCUUAGAUUUUUACAAAGUAUCAGAUGGUUUUGAGUUGGCUUCUUUUGGAGACACUGAGAAAAUGACUUACACAGAACAGGCCAGCAAAAGGCAUCACUGUGUGCGGCUGACAUGCUUUAUUCGCCUAUGUGACUAUUUAAUUGAGAACACUCUGCACUUCCUCAUAGUAAAUUCUCUCAGGUCUCUUUUGAAUUAUCUUUCUGAGAAGUUAAAACGAACACCAUCGGCAGAUAUUAUUCAGAAAUGGAUUACUGAAGAUAAACCUGAAGUCACUGAUAAAAAGGGUGGCCCUGUAGUAGAAAAACCUGAAGAAGAUGACUCCCUCAUUCCCAUGUUUGUCACAGAACUAAUGUUGACAGUAGAGUCACUGUUCUUUGAACCUUGUCUGGAUGACUUUCUGGAUGGUGUUUCGAGUGCAAUUAAUCAUUUUCAAAACACUGUGUUAUCAGUUCCUAAUCUUGUGCCAGAUACAUAUUUUGAUGCUUUCACCAGCCCUUAUAUUAACAACAAGAUUGAGGAAAAAACCUGUGGAACUGGUCCAAGCUUAUCAUCAAUAUUAGAGGACGAUAGAAAUUUUCACACAAUUGUCCUUCAAAUAAAGGAAACUAUACACGCAGCAUUCGAAUCUGCACAAUUAUAUGCGUCUUUGUUUGAAAGAUUUCAGAUAUUUUUCAAGGAAAAUGAGGGUCUUGAUUUACAAGCUCUUAAACUUCAAGAACCUGAUGUUAGAUUCUUUAGUGAACAACUGGACAAAUAUCACAAACAACACAAAGAUGCAGUAGCUCUCAGACCCAUGAGAAAUGUAGGACUACUGCUCAUCGACACUAAACAGCUGAAGGAAAAACUAAUUCCCUCUCCCUUGCGAUGCUUGGAGGUGCUAAAUUUUAUGCUUCCCCGCCUAAGCAAGAGAAAAGUAGAUUCCAUUAUUUCUGAGGCACAAGAUGCAGAGUAUAAACUUGAGUUUGUUCCAAGUACCACCAUAGAAUAUGUUAACAGCUUGGUAUUUCUUGAUGAAAUUCAGGACAGGAUUGAAAGCCUCGAAGAUGAAGGGAAUAUAGUGAUUCAGAUGUAUAAGCUCAUUGAGCAAUAUCAGAUCCCCACACCUCCUGAAGACUUUGCAGUUUUUGCAACUAUGAAGCCAUCCAUUGUUGCUGUUCGAAACGCCAUUGAUAAGUCCGUGGGUGACAGAGAAACAAGAAUUAAGCAAUUCUGCGUACACUUAGGUAGAGAUCUUGAAGAUCUAAAUAAUGAAGUGAAUGAAGUAAUGCUGCUAGCACAGGAUCCACAGAUUUUGGAUAUUUCUGCUGAUCCAGAGAAGAUAAAGCUUAUGUUAAAUGAGCUACAGUUGGUUCUAGAUGAUCUUCAAAAACGUGCAUUUCAAUAUAAAUCCUAUCAGAAGAAUUUUAAGGUGGAAGUGUCCAAAUUUGAAGCUUUGGAGGAAGUUAGUGCUGAGUUGAAGCUCAAACAGUUGCUCUGGGACUCUUUAGCUGAAUGGGAUCAAUACCAGCAGGAAUGGUUACAGUCCAGAUUUGACUGCCUGGAUCCAGAGCAACUAAACUCUAUAGUUACUAAAUACGCCAAAUUUGUGACUCAGUUAGAAAAAGGCUUGCCACCCAACAGUGUCGUGCCACAGUUGAAAAGCAGGGUGGAAAAAAUGAAAGAAAAACUUCCAGUAAUUAUUGACUUGAGAAACCCAACUUUGAAGACCAGACAUUGGGCAGCUAUUGAACAAGCAGUCGAUGCUGUGCUAGUGGACCUUGAUGUCCCAUUAACCUUGGAAAAACUCUCUGAGUUGCAUGUUUUUGAGUUUGGUCAAGAAAUCCAGGACAUUUCUGGACAAGCUUCUGGAGAAGCUGCCUUAGAAACAAUUCUUAAAAAGGUGGAAGAUUCUUGGAAAUCAACUGAAUUUGUUGUUCUUCCUCACCGUGACUCGAAAGAUGUAUUUAUCCUAGGUGGCACAGAUGAUAUACAGGUCCUUCUUGAUGAUAGUACCAUUAACAUUGCAACCAUUUCCUCAUCACGUUAUGUUGGUCCACUAAAACCCCGAGUGGACGAAUGGCAGAAACAACUUGCUUUAUUCAAUCAAACUCUGGAAGAGUGGCUUACUUGCCAGAGAAACUGGCUCUAUCUAGAAAGCAUUUUCAAUGCACCAGAUAUUCAGAGACAAUUACCUGCCGAGGCCAAGAUGUUCCUUCAAGUGGAUAAAUCAUGGAAAGAAAUCAUGAGAAAGGUGAAUCGGUUGCCGAAUGCCCUCCGAGCAGCUACGCAACCAGGACUUCUGGAGACUUUUCAAAAUAACAACGCAUUACUUGACCAAAUCCAAAAGUGUCUAGAGGCACAUUUAGAAUCAAAAAGAGUCAUCUUUCCAAGAUUUUAUUUCUUAUCAAAUGAUGAACUCCUUGAGAUUUUGGCCCAGACACGAAAUCCUCAAGCUGUACAGCCACACUUAAGGAAAUGCUUCGACUCCAUUUCAAAGCUUGAAUUUGCUGUCAUGAUUUCUACUGAAGGGAGAAUUCCAGGACUUGAAGGAGAACCAGAGAAGGUUUUUACAAAUGAUAUUUUAGCAAUGCUGUCACCGGAAGGAGAAAGGGUUAGCUUGGGGAAAGGCCUGAAAGCCAGGGGCAACGUGGAGGAGUGGCUCGGUAAAGUGGAGGAAGCUAUGUUCACGUCUCUGCGCCGCCUGAGCAAGGCUGCCAUCGCCGACUACCAGGGGAAACCGAGGACAGAGUGGGUGGUUGCUGGCCACCCCUCUCAGGUGGUCCUGACUGUUUCCCAAAUCAUGUGGUGCCGCGAUUUGACUGAGUGCUUGGAAAUAGAAGAUGCUAAUCAUCUAGAAACCCUGGAACAUUUUGAAAAAAUAAACUUUGAGAGAUUAAAUGCCCUUGCUGGAUUAGUUCGAGGCAGUCUUCCUAGAUUACAUAGAAACAUCAUAACUGCUUUAAUUACUAUUGAUGUACAUGCAAGAGACAUAGUCACUGAACUUAUUCAUGACAAGGUAGAAGAAGUCGACUCCUUUGGCUGGCAGAGACAACUACGCUAUUAUUGGGAUAUAGACCUAGAUAAUUGUGUGGCUAGAAUGGCACUCUCUCAGUAUACAUAUGGUUAUGAAUAUUUGGGUGCAUGCCCAAGAUUAGUUAUUACUCCUCUCACAGACCGCUGCUACCUUUGUCUCAUGGGAGCUUUGCAGCUUGACCUGGGAGGCGCACCAGCUGGUCCUGCAGGCACAGGGAAAACCGAGACAACCAAAGACCUGGCAAAAGCUCUUGCUAUCCAGUGUGUGGUCUUCAAUUGCUCUGAUGGUUUGGACUACAAGAUGAUGGGACGCUUCUUCAGUGGUCUGGCACAAUCGGGGGCCUGGUGCUGCUUUGAUGAAUUUAAUCGCAUUGAUAUUGAAGUUCUGUCAGUCAUCGCCCAGCAGCUCAUCACUAUCAGGAAUGCCAAAGCCGCCAAGCUCUCCAGGUUUAUGUUUGAAGGGCGGGAAAUAAAGUUGGUUAUGACUUGUGCUGCGUUCAUCACAAUGAAUCCUGGAUAUGCAGGCAGAACGGAAUUACCGGAUAAUUUGAAAUCCCUUUUUAGACCCUUUGCCAUGAUGGUUCCAAAUUAUGCCUUAAUUGCAGAGGUAAUUCUAUAUUCUGAAGGAUUUGAAUCCAGUAAAAUAUUAGCAAGAAAAAUGACUCAGAUGUAUAAGCUCUGCAGUGAACAGCUCUCUCAACAGGAUCACUAUGACUUUGGCAUGAGAGCUGUCAAGUCUGUGCUGGUCAUGGCCGGGUCUUUAAAGAGAGAGCACCCAGACUUAAGUGAAGACGUGGUGUUGAUAAGAGCUUUGCGAGACUCCAACUUGCCAAAAUUUCUAACAGAUGAUGCUGUUCUGUUCAGUGGAAUUAUAUCGGAUCUUUUUCCUGGAGUUCAUAUUCCAGAACACAAUUAUGGAAUAUUUCAAUCAACAAUUAUGGAUACCAUGGUUGGACAAAAUCUUCAACCUGAAUUGUGUAUGGUGAAAAAGGUGAUACAGUUAUAUGAAACGAUGCUAGUGAGGCAUGGUGUUAUGUUAGUGGGUCCAACAGGAGGGGGCAAGACCACAGUCUACCAAAUUCUAGCACAAACUUUAGGGAAUUUAAAAAAACUUGGAAUAGAAUAUCCUUUUUACCAACCAGUUAAAACAUACGUUCUUAAUCCCAAAUCAAUUACAAUGGGCGAACUAUAUGGGGAAGUUAAUAACUUAACCUUGGAAUGGAAGGAUGGUCUGAUGGCACUAAGUGUCCGAGCAGCUGUGAAUGAUACUUCAGAAGACCAUAAAUGGAUCAUCAGUGAUGGACCAGUGGAUGCUCUUUGGAUCGAAAAUAUGAAUACAGUGUUGGAUGAUAAUAAAAUGCUUUGCCUAGCCAACAGUGAGAGGAUUAAACUCACACCUCAAAUCCAUAUGCUUUUUGAGGUGCAAGAUUUAAAGGUCGCUUCCCCUGCAACAGUCAGUCGAUGUGGAAUGGUGUUCGUGGAUCCUGAGGAGCUGAAAUGGAUGCCUUAUGUUAAAACCUGGAUGAACAGAAUUUCUAAAAAACUUAAUGAUGAAACUCAAGAAUAUAUAUUAAAACUAUUCCAGCGUUAUGUUGAUGAUGGCUUACAUUUUGUUAACAAAAAAUGUGUUCAAGCAAUUCCACAAGUGGACAUCAGCAAAGUUACUACCCUCUGUUGCUUAAUGGAGUCUUUGAUAUUUUCAAAAGAUGGAGUUAAUCUGGCAAUGGAAUCAUCAAAACUGAAUACUAUACUCUGUCAGACUUUUGUAUUCUCUUAUUUAUGGUCUUUAGGUGGAAAUCUAAUUGAAAGUUACUGGGAUUCUUUUGAUACAUUUAUUAGAACACAAUUUGAUGAUAAUCCUGAUUCCAGGUUUCCCAAUUCUGGUGAUCUGUGGAGCGUUCACAUGGACUUUGAUACCAAACGGCUGGAUCCCUGGGAACGAAUCAUACCCACCUUCAAGUACAACAGAGAUGUUCCCUUUUUUGAAAUGCUUGUCCCCACAACUGACACAGUGCGCUUUGGCUAUCUAAUGGAAAAACUACUGGCAGUCAAACAUUCAGUAUUGUUUACUGGAACAACUGGAGUUGGUAAGACUGUCAUUGCAAAAGGAUUGCUAAAUAGAAUUCAAGAAUCAUCUGGCUAUGUUCCUGUUUACCUAAAUUUUUCUGCUCAAACAUCAUCAAUGAGAACACAGGAAAUCAUUGAAUCCAAACUGGAAAGGAAAAGAAAAAAUAUUCUAGGAGCACCUGGAAACAAACGAGUUGUAAUUUUUGUCGAUGAUUUAAACAUGCCCAGACUGGAUCGCUAUGGUUCUCAGCCUCCAAUUGAAUUACUUCGGCAGUACCAAGAUUUUCGUGGAUUUUAUGACAGAAGCAAACUCUUUUGGAAAGAGAUACAGGACGUAACGAUUGUGUCCGCGUGCGCACCUCCGGGCGGCGGCCGGAACCCCGUGACGCCCCGCUUUCUCCGGCACUUCAGCAUGCUGUGCCUGCCCACGCCCUCGGAACACAGCCUGAAACAGAUUUUCCAGGCCAUCCUAAAUGGCUUCCUGAGUGACUUCCCGACAGUUGUAAAACAAAUGGCAUCAAACAUUGUAGAAGCCGCAGUUGAAAUUUACAACAGGAUGAGUGUUGAUCUUCUGCCAACUCCAGCCAAGUCCCAUUAUGUCUUUAACUUGAGGGAUUUAUCUAAAUGUGUACAAGGCAUCCUCCAAUGUGACUCAGGAACAAUAAGAGAAGAAAUUCAGAUAUUUAGACUCUUCUGCCAUGAAUGUCAAAGAGUCUUCCAUGACCGUUUGAUUAACAAUGAAGAUAAGCAGUAUUUUCAUGUUAUUCUGACAGAAAUGGCUAAUAAACAUUUUGGAAUUUCAAUUGGACAGGAAUAUUUUUUGAAUAAGCCCAUCAUAUUUGGAGAUUUCAUAAAGUUUGGAGCAGAUAAGAGUGAUCGGAUUUAUGAAGACUUGCCUGAUCUAGAGAAAAUUGCAAAUGUUCUUCAGGACUAUCUUGAUGAUUAUAACCUUGUAAAUCCCAAAGAAGUAAAGUUGGUGUUCUUUCAAGAUGCUAUAGAACAUGUUUCAAGGAUUGUUCGCAUGAUUCGUCAGGAAAGAGGCAAUGCCCUGCUCGUCGGAGUAGGAGGCACGGGAAAGCAAUCUCUUACAAGACUUGCGGCUCAUAUAUGUGGUUACAAAUGCUUGCAGAUUGAACCAAGCCGCGGAUAUAAUUAUGAAAGUUUUCAUGAAGAUCUGAGGAAAUUAUACAGACUGGCUGGUGUGGAAGAAAAGAAUAUGGUUUUCCUCUUCACAGACACCCAGAUAGUAGUGGAAGAGUUCUUAGAAGAUAUAAAUAAUAUCCUGAACUCAGGUGAAGUUCCUAAUUUAUUUGAAAAGGAUGAACUGGAGCAAGUUUUAGCAGGCACCAGACCAAAAGCAAAAGAAAUAGGAAUUUCCGAGGGCAGUAGAGAUGAGGUGUUUCAGUUCUUCAUCAACAAAGUUCGUCAGAAUCUGCACAUUGUUCUAUGCAUGAGCCCAGUUGGGGACGCCUUUCGCUCCCGGUGUCGUAUGUUUCCCUCCCUUGUGAACUGCUGCACUAUUGAUUGGUUUGUUCAGUGGCCCAGAGAAGCACUUCUUUCUGUAUCACAGACAUUUUUUUCAAAUAUUGGGGCUGUAAGUGAAGAAAUGAAGGAAAAGCUUUCUCUCAUGUGUGUAAAUGUUCACAUGAGCGUCUCCGUGAUGGCAGAUCAAUAUUAUGCAGAGCUGCGGAGACGAUACUACACAACACCCACAUCCUACUUGGAACUGAUCCAGCUCUACCUAUCUAUGCUGAGUGAAAAAAGGAAGCAAUUGAUUUCAGCACGUGAUCGGGUAAAGAAUGGUCUCACCAAGCUAUUAGAAACAAAUGUACUAGUAGACAAAAUGAAAAUAGAUCUGUCAGAUUUAGAACCUGUUCUUUUGGCAAAAUCACAAGAUGUUGAAGCUUUGAUGGAUAAACUGGCAGUAGAUCAAGAAAAUGCAGAUCAGGUCCGUAGUGUUGUACAAGAAGAUGAAGCAACAGCAAAAGUAAAAGCUGAAGAAACCCAAGCAAUAGCUGAUGACGCUCAAAGAGACCUCGAAGAAGCUUUGCCCGCACUCGAUGCUGCCAAUAAAGCUCUGGAUUCCUUAGACAAAGCAGAUAUAGCGGAAAUCAGAGUCUUUACAAAGCCUCCAGAUAUGGUCAUGACUGUUAUGGAAGCCAUUUCCAUUCUCCUGAACGCCAAGCCUGAUUGGCAAACAGCAAAGCAACUUCUUGGUGACUCUAAUUUUCUAAGAAGACUUUUAGAAUAUGAUAAGGAAAACAUAAAGCCUCAAAUACUGGCAAAACUCCAAAAGUAUAUUAACAAUCCUGAUUUUUUACCUGAAAAGGUAGAAAAAGUGUCCAAAGCUUGUAAAUCCAUGUGUAUGUGGGUGAGAGCAAUGGAUUUGUACUCACGGGUGAUCAAAGAAGUUGAACCAAAGAGACAAAAACUCCGUGCAGCCCAGGCAGAACUUGAUAUAACAAUGGCUACUCUGAAAGAAAAGCAACAAUUAUUAAGAAAAGUAGAACUUCAGAUACAGGCUUUACAAGAAGAAUUUGAAAAAGGUGUGAAUGAGAAAGAAAGUCUGGCAAAGGUUAUGGCCCUGACAAAAGCACGUCUAACACGUGCUGGGAAGCUAACAGCUGCACUAGGAGAUGAGCAAGUUCGGUGGGAAGAAAGCAUCCAGAAAUCUGAGGAGGAGAUAGGGAACAUUGUUGGGAAUGUGUUCAUCGCAGCAGCAUGUGUUGCCUACUAUGGGGCCUUUACAGCCAAGUAUAGGCAAAAGCUCAUAGAGUAUUGGAUCGAGGGCUGUCAGGAACUGGAUAUCCCAAUCGAUACUUCCUUCAGUCUUAUAAACAUUCUUGGAGAUCCCUAUGAAAUACGACAGUGGAAUACUGAUGGGCUGCCCCGUGACCUUAUAUCAACAGAAAAUGGCAUUUUGGUUACUCAGGGGAGACGGUGGCCUUUGAUGAUUGAUCCCCAAGAUCAGGCAAACCGUUGGAUAAGGAACAAGGAAAGCAAAAAUGGUUUAAAGAUCAUUAAGCUUACAGAUAGUAAUUUCUUACGCAUACUUGAAAAUUCCAUCCGAAUUGGACUACCUGUUUUACUGGAAGAGCUUAAAGAAACUUUAGAUCCAGCAUUGGAACCAAUUCUUCUAAAACAGAUCUUCAUUAGUGGCGGCCGUGUACUCAUUCGCCUUGGUGACUCAGACAUUGAUUACGAUAAAAACUUUAAGUUCUAUAUGACAACCAAACUGCCAAAUCCCCACUACCUGCCUGAGGUGUGCAUUAAAGUUACCAUCAUCAAUUUCACUGUCACCAAAUCAGGUCUGGAGGAUCAAUUAUUAAGUGAUGUGGUGCGACUUGAGAAACCUGAGUUGGAAGAACAAAGAAACAAGCUCAUCGUGAGCAUCAACACGGAUAAAAACCAGCUGAAAGCUAUAGAAGAUAAAAUUCUGAAAAUGCUUUUUCAAUCUGAGGGAAAUAUUCUGGACAAUGAAGAACUAAUUGAAACUCUCCAGGAUUCAAAGAUCACUUCUGGUGCCAUCAAGACCAGGCUGAAGGAAGCAGAGUCCACUGAAAUUAUGAUAAACUCUGCUCGGGAGAAGUACCGCCCAGUAGCCACUCAAGGCUCUGUGAUGUUCUUCGUCAUCGCAAGUCUCUCAGAAAUUGACCCCAUGUACCAGUAUUCAUUAAAAUAUUUUAAACAGUUGUUCAAUACAACAAUUGAAACUUCCCAAAAGUCAGAAUAUCUGGAAUACCGCAUGAAAAUACUGCUGGAACAAACUCUAUUAUCUGCUUAUACCAAUAUUUCAAGAGGACUUUUUGAAAAACAUAAACUCAUAUACAGCUUUAUGCUCUGUGUGGAAAUCAUGCGUCAGCAUGAGCGCUUAAAUGAUGCUGAAUGGAAUUUCUUUCUCCGAGGUGCUGCAGGAUUAGAAAAGGAACGUCCACCUAAACCUGAAGUUCCCUGGCUGUCCACUGCCACAUGGUUUGCUUGCUGUGACUUAGAAGAAUCACUUCCCAAUUUUAGUGGACUAACAAAAUAUUUAGUAACAUAUCCUAUUAGCAUAACCAUAGGGUCUUUUGAGACGGAUAUUAACCCAAGUGAGUGGGAAGGCUAUGCUUCAGUAGAGGAAGAGCAGGCGACAGAAGAGGAAAAGGAAAAGUUUUUAAUUUUCCAGGUCUGGCUUGAACAUUUAAGUCCUUUCCAUAAGCUGAUUCUUACUAAAUGUUCCAAAGAAGAAAAGGUGGUUUUCGCUGUUACGGACUUUGUCAUUGAUAAUCUUGGGAAGCCCUUUGUAGAAACACCACCUGUGGACCUGGCUACUUUGUAUCAAGACAUGUCCUUCAACACUCCGCUGGUGUUCAUCUUAAGCACAGGCUCGGAUCCCAUGAGUGCUUUCCAGAGAUUUGCCCGAGACAGCGGAUUUGGAGAGCGGGUGCAGUCUAUUUCACUGGGGCAAGGACAAGGGCCAAUUGCUGAAAGAAUGAUCAAAGAUGCAAUGAAAUUGGGAAAUUGGGUAUUUCUGCAAAACUGUCAUCUUGCUGUUUCUUGGAUGUUGGCAAUGGAAGAACUGAUUAAAACUUUCACGGAUCCAAGUGUUUUUAUCAAGGACUCAUUUCGACUUUUUUUAAGUUCCAUGCCUUGUGAUACAUUUCCUGUUACAGUUCUUCAAAAUUCUGUCAAGGUAACCAAUGAGCCUCCAAAAGGAUUACGUGCAAAUAUCAGAAGAGCAUUUAAUGAAAUGACACCUUCAGUUUUUGAAGAAAAUAUACUUGGAAGAAAGUGGAGGCGAAUAAUCUUUGGCAUCUGUUUCUUCCAUGCAAUUAUCCAGGAGAGAAAAAAGUUUGGUCCUCUCGGUUGGAAUAUCUGCUAUGAAUUUAAUGACAGUGACAGAGAGUGUGCGUUACUGAACCUGAAUCUUUAUUGUCAAGAAGGGAAGAUUCCCUGGGAUGCUUUGAUUUACAUCACUGGUGAAAUUACAUAUGGUGGUAGAGUUACAGACACCUGGGACCAGAGAUGUCUCCGCACUGUCUUGAAAAAAUUUUUUUCUCCAGAAACAUUAGAAGAGAAUUAUACAUAUUCGGAAUCAGGUAUCUAUUUUGCACCCAUGGCUGACAGCCUACAAGAAUUUAGGGACUACAUUGAAAAUCUGCCCUUGAUAGAUGAUCCAGAAAUAUUUGGAAUGCAUGAAAAUGCUAACCUCGUAUACCAGUACAAGGAGACCAACACUUUCAUCAACAUCAUACUUGAGGUUCAACCAAGGUCAUCUUCCAGUGGAGAGGGGAAAAGCAAUGAUGAAAUUGUUCAAGACCUUGUUGCUUCUAUCCGAUCCAGAGUUCCAGAAAAAUUAGAAAUGGAAAGUGCUACUGACAGCCUUUUUGUCAAGGAUCAUCAAGGUCGCCUUAACUCCUUGACCACUGUUCUGGGACAAGAAGUGGACCGAUUUAACAAUCUGCUGAAGCUAAUACACACUUCUCUAGAAAUGCUCAACAAAGCCAUUGCUGGAUUUGUAGUAAUGUCAGAAGAAAUGGAAAAAGUGUAUCACAGUUUCAUCAACAACCAGGUUCCUUCUUUGUGGUCCAACACAGCCUACCCAUCCCUGAAGCCGCUGGGAUCGUGGGUCAAAGACCUGAUCCUGAGGACAGCAUUUGUGGAUUUGUGGCUCAAAAGAGGACAGCCCCGGUCUUUCUGGAUCUCUGGUUUCUUCUUCCCUCAAGGAUUUCUAACAGGGACACUUCAGAAUCACGCACGAAAAUAUAGUUUACCUAUUGAUGAGCUGAACUUCAAGUACAAUGUAGUUCCACACUAUCGAGAUCAAGCUGCUGUUGUAGACGCCGCCAAGACUGUGCAGUUCGGACAAGAAUUGCCUAUGGACCAAGAGUUGCCCCAUCCUCAGGAUGGUGUUCUUGUUCAUGGGAUAUUCAUGGAUGCUUCUCGAUGGGACAAUAAGAAUAUGGUGAUAGAAGAUGCAUUGCCUGGACAGAUGAAUCCAAUGCUGCCGGUGGUGCACUUUGAACCUCAACAGAAUUACGAGCCAAACCCAACACUUUAUCACUCCCCACUUUAUAAAACUGGGGCACGAGCAGGCACGCUCUCAACCACAGGUCAUUCAACUAAUUUUGUAGUGACCAUCCACUUACCCUCCAAGCGGCCCAAGGACUACUGGAUAGCCAAGGGAUCAGCUUUGCUCUGCCAGCUGAAUGAGUGA